AAUUACUUCCUGUGACUCAGUAGCCAAAGUUUACAACAAACAGAAAUUAUUCAUUCAGUGAUAUCAUAUUUCUGAGAAACAAAGUCAACUUCGGAAAUAGCUUAUGCACUCGGAGAUUAUUUAAUUUUGUUUUUAACAAAACGCGGAAGAGAAGACGUAGCUAGGGUUAACGUUAGCCGAACAUGCUAACUAACUAGUCACCGUUAGCUAUCGUUAGCUCUAAUGGCUGCACCAACUCCACUGAUGUCUGCUCCUGUGUUAAGUCAAAAGCAACGCAGGGCUGCUCUAAGGAAAGAGAGAAGGAAACGGAAACGCCAAGCUCUCGCCCUAGCAAGAGAAUGUGGUUUAAAAAAUGAAGCAAGCUGCACACCUGUAGAAGAAGAAGAAGAAGAAGAAGAAGAAGAAAAACAUGAUGAAGAUGAUGAGGAUAAUGUUGCUGCAGAGGAGGAAAGACUGCGGCUGCAUGAAGAGUGGUUGGAGAGAGAGAGGCUGGCUCAGGAGGAGUUCAGGCUGAGGGCUGAGAGGGAAGAAGCUGCAAGGAAAAGAAAAGAGGAGGAGGAGAGGAUGAUAAAGGAGGAAUGGGAGGCCCAGCAGAGGAAAGAGCAAGAAGAAAGAGAAAAGAAGCAGCAGACAAAGCGAGACAGAGAGGAGGCCGUUCAGAAAAUGUUGGAUGAAGCUGAAAAUCAGCUAGAAAACGGAGAACCAUGGAUGAAUCCUGAGGCUCCUGUGAAGGAGAGCUCUGAGAACUUCGGAACAGAGCGCGAUGUAGCCAACUGUCCGUUCUUCCUGAAGACCGGGGCGUGUCGAUUUGGAGACAGAUGUUCUCGGAAACACGUUUAUCCCACAUCCAGCCCGACUAUGGUGAUCCGUGGUAUGUUUACAACGUUUGGCAUGGAGCAGUCACGCCGCGAUGAUUACGACGUUGAUGCUUCUUUGGAACACAGCGAGGAGGACCUGCAGGAGUCUUUCCUCGAGUUCUACCAUGAUGUCCUGCCGGAGUUAAAGAGUGUCGGCAAGGUGGUGCAAUUCAAGGUCAGCUGCAAUUAUGAACCACACCUGAAGGGAAAUGUUUACGUUCAGUUUGACACAGAGGAGCAGUGUACAGAAGCCAUAAUCAGGUUCAAUGGGAGGUGGUACGCAGGCCGGCAGCUUCAUUGUGAGAUGUGUCCUGUUACACGGUGGAAGAACGCCAUAUGUGGAUUGUUUGACAGACAGAAGUGCCCCAAAGGGAAGCACUGCAAUUUCCUGCAUGUAUUUCGAAACCCUGGCAAUGAAUUCUGGGAGGCUGACAGGGAUCUGCACUUGUCACCAGACCGCAGCGUCAGGGGGAGUCGAAGAGACGGGUGGCAUUCAGAGCGAUUCGGAGAUCGAUCGUGGAGGCAGCGUCAGAGCAGCAGAAGCCCGCCGAGAUCUGAGAGGUCCCACAGCAGGCGAGAGAGCGACAGGCGGAGGAGCAGGAGCAGGAGCAGAGAGAGGAGCAGAGAGAGGAGGGCCUCCUACCAGCACAGAGAAGACAGACGAUCAUCCAGACACAGUGACAGGAGGAAUGACUGGUAUCUGAGCAGAAGUAGAGACAGGUCGAGGAGUAGAAGUAGAGACAGAGAGCAAGACAGGCCGAGACACAGGAGCAGAGAUAGAGACAGGGAGCACAAGUAUAGAAAUAGAAGCGAAGAGAGAGACAGCAGAGACACAGACACAGACAUUCGUGGAAAAGCGAGAGAAAGGUCAAGAAGCUCAAGCAGUGAGGGAAACAAGAAAAGUAGAGAGAAGAGCCCCAAGAAGGCAGACAAAAAGGAUGGUAACACACGUCGACGCCACAAACAGUCUAAAAAGAGCAAGAAGAAGAGCAAGAAGAAGCACAAAAAGAAGAGCCGUUUGCCUGAAGAGACAAGCUCAUCUGGAGAGUCAGACAAGGCGAGAGAGUCAGAGGAAGAGACUGUGAAGAGCCUCACUGCGGCCAAUCCAAAUGAAACAGAGCUUAUUCAGAAAAGCAACGAUGUGGAUGAGAGUCCGUGUGUUGAGAGUGAGAAGUUAAGUCCUGAGAUGAAAAAUGAACAGUCUAACACAGAAAUGCCAAGUGAGCCUGCUGGAAAUGAUGACAUGAGUACCUCUUAGUGGCUCUGACUAGGGACGAUAUUCUGGUCAGUUGGUCGAUCAGUUGGUCGAUAGGCUCUUGUCUGACCAAGUUGUCAUUAGUUGGACAAUCGCUGGUGUUACUUUCGUAAGGCUGUGUGUUCACCGAAGCAUUUUUCCCAGCUGAAAACACCAGGCACUCCACUGAAAACACCCAGUUGGGAGAGCUAGGGGGCUCUGGAGGCGCAUUGUUUUAUCAGCUGAGGUGCUUUCGUUGCGUCUGGUUGCUUUCAUAGGGAAUAUCUGCGGAAGUAAAAAUAUCUGCACAACACAAGAUAGGGUACUUUUCUCCGUAUGAAGGAAAGGCUAAAACACAUAGGAAGAGAGGAUGGACCAGCUGGUCUAAGUGGCCAGCACCAUUUAUUUCUCCUUCAUUCAUGUUCUCCUAUGUUUUUUUUUUUGUUUAGAACUUGUACAUGUAGGACGUGAUGGUUGGACUUUGUGGUAUUAAUGCUGUUCGUCCUCCACUGUGAUUGGACAGCUUGGAAGAAGGUUACAGUGACAGGCAUAGCAUUACUCAAAGAAGUGGUGCUGUGAUGGUUGGUUUUUAGUGGUAUUUAUUCUGCCUCUCCUCCACUGUGAUUGGACGGCUUGGUAAAAAACGACAGUGACAAGAGCAGCAUUACCCAAAGAAAUGGCGCUGACCAAAAGUUUAACAUUUUUCAACUCGGUGACCAGAAAAAAUGCCAAACCUGCAGCGCUCGAUGUCUCAUCAGGCUGCUGCCGUUUGUAGCGUAGUGUAUAUGUGGCGCUCCCAUUGCAAAAAAUUAAGAAAAUACACUGGCCUCAGGAAAAAAACGCUUUGGUGGACACAUAGCGUAGCUACCAGGGAGAGUACACUCAGUGCACUGUGGCAGAUUUAGUUAAUCUAGACAUGAUGUGCUGAUUUCCCCCCCCCCAUCAGUCAAAGAUUUUCUCUGAUAGAUUACAGCCGUAGCUCCGACGUUUCAAUAUCUGUGAAUUUAUUUUGUUCUUAUAACUAUGUGAAUGUAUAGGGAAUGAUAGAGACAUGGUUUGAGCAGAAGUUAGCACCUGUAUGUACAUAUGUGAAUAUCUUGCUUUUGGAAAAUGGUUAUUGUCGCUUUAUUAUUGAAUGCUUGAUAACUGGAGCUGCAGCACAACAUGGUUGUUGUUGCGUAGUAAUAAACAAUAUACAAAACAAAAUGCAUUUUCUUUUUUUGAUACAUUUAUUGUUAAUAACUUUCAAAUAUAAGAAAAAGAAUGUUGGCAAAUGUGUUGGCAGUGUUCAAUACAAAAAUGUUUUCUUUUGCACAAAUCAAAGAUGAACUCGUUUAAUACUUCUAAUGUUCAACAAAAACACUUUGUGGUUUUAAGAAUGCAGAUAGAAAGUCUGACUGCCGUACAGUUGGGAUGAGCAUCUAUUCAUCACUCGUCGGCUUGUUCUCCUGCAUCACAACUGAACGAGCUGACAGUGAUGAAUAUUAACGAUGUAUCCUGAUAUGUGCAGUUCAUCCUCUUACGUUCCGACUCCGUAAAGAAAGGGUAGACCUGUCUUUAAACGGAUUGGAAUAAUUACAUAAUACUGGUGUAUUGUGACCAAAUAAUCCCCAAAUACUUUUGUCAAACAUCCUGCAGUUCUAAAUCCCUUUUGUUAGCUUUUCAUAGACACCAUUGAGAAGGUAAAACACAGUGUUCUUUGGUCGUUUGUUAGUCUUUCAGCCGAAGUGUCAUAAUACAUAAAAUACUGUUUUCUUUUAUUUGGGUCACUAUGUUUUCCUGACCUAAGACUAAGGGAGAGACUGACCUAAGAUUUAUCUCCAGAGGCCAUUACCAGCUCCAAUGUUAUAUGUUUUCAUCAAGAAAAUAAGUCAGAGAAAUAAAGAUGACAAUUAUAACAAACGUGACGCUAAAUUACACAUAAACAGCUCACGUUUACCAAAAGGUAAACAUUUAAGUCUUGAAAAGUAAAGAUGAGAUGGUCAGUUUCUGAAGGGGGAAUCACCAAACACAAAGACCUACUUAACAUAAAUACCAAUACUGAUCAUGGGCGAUUGUUUAAUUUCACUUGAAGGUAGAAUUUAUCUGUGUGUAAGUGAUUGUAGGUGUCAGUGAUUCCCACAACAGUGCAAGCCGCCGCUGGUGCUUCUCAUGUAUUACUGUUACCUUUGAGUCACAGAUCUUUAAAAUACCCAAUGAACACUUACUGCUGUUCUGCAGAUCCUCAAAGACUCUUUUAAACAUCUGAAUUAAAGAAAAUAUUCAAUCCGCUGCAUGACCAAGAUUUUUAACCCAUUUCCUGUGCUGUGCCCUGUAACAUAUUCAUGAUUCUUUCCCGUAUUUUAUGUUAAAUUAAAUAUAUAUUUGCUGUUUUGCAUAAAGUACAAAGACAUAUAUAGAACUGCAGUGAUUUAACGAUCAGUUAACCAUUAAUUGUGCACCAUUUUGAUGAUAAAUUAAUCAUUUUGAGUAAUUUUUUAAGGAAAAAAAGUCAUAAUUGUCUGAUUAAAGCUCCUUAAAUGUAAAUAUUUUUCUUAAUUCUUUACUACUAUGUGACAGUAAAUUGAAUUUCUUUGGGUUACGGACAAAACGACAUUUGAGGACAUCAUUUUGGGCUUUGGGAAACACUUAUUAACUUUUCUUUCUUUUUUUUAAACAAUUUUCUGACAAUUUAUAGACAAAACAACUGAUCAGUUAACUGAGGAAAUAAUCAAUGGAUUCAUUGACAAAGAAAAGAAUCACUGGUUGCAGCCCUACACUUGUUAAUGUCAGGAAGAAGUCAGUUUGAGAAAUGAGAUGAGCUGUUUUUUUAUUGGGCGGCAAACAA